AUGGGCAAUGGCCCCGUACUAAGGGGCAAUAUAGUAUAUACAAGACCCGCAACAUGACUGACACAUCAAACAAGAAAUUUUUCUUUGACUACGAAAAGUUGGCCAAACUUUUUGUUGAAAUUUGUCCAGACUUUUCCGCUGAGCCACAUUACGAAAAUGCGACUACCAGUCGUCGCUUUGCCGAAAAGGUGAUUUUCGAUUAUAGCAAGAAGGCAAAAACGAGCAAGGCGCAGAACAAGGACAAAGUUUGGAGCCUUAUCUUAGAAACCACAAACAGCAAGGGAAAGCCGCUGAAGAACAAAUUGAUAAUUUCGACUUACGCGUUUAAGCCGGCACCAUUGCAGCAGCCCUUCUUGCAGCACGGCCAUCUCCACCUGACCUUUAAACAGGCCAGCUUGCUGGCUGUGGCCAAAUACUGCCAGUUGGUGCCGCACUUGAUUCAGCGCAAUCAUAUCGUCCUAACACCUCUCGCCGGAGCCAUUUUCAAUAAGAGCGAUAUGCCCAAGCUGGCUGAGGAGCUAAAUGAGCCGCUUGUCGAUGUCGUUAUGGCCGUCAUAAGUAGCUGCCAGACAGAUGGAUACUAUCUUAAGCACAGUCGGUGCCACAUAGCCUUGGCUGCCCUCAACAAGACUAUCGUCGACCUCAAAUUGCGGGGUGCCUUAAUUACGAAAACUAUUAAUAUGUAUCGAUUCCACGGCAAAGAAUUGGACAAAGAGCAGCUGAAGAUAUUCAGCAAAUACUCGCAACAGGUCCGUCAGUGCCCCACCGACAACUCCAAAAUGGAGGAACUGGUCGCUGAAGUAAUCGCACUGGGCAAUUAGCGCAGCAGCUGAUGGGAAUAAAUCUUCUGAGUAAAUCAGUCCUAAAUAAUCAAACUUAUUUUAAAUCUCUAUACCAGCGGUGGGCACGAAAUUUGUUAUUUUUAUAAAA